AUGAUGAUGGCUUAUCCGGACUUCACUUACUCGUCAACGACACUUUGGAGGCUUGUGAAAGGCCUUGGCUUUUCAUACAAGAUCCUCAAGGGACAACGCUAUAUUUUCGAACGUUCGGAUCUUGCCAAGAAGCGGUCCCUAUAUUUGAGGAAAAUUGAGGAAGCCAGGAGGAGAGGGGACUGCAUAGUUUACAUGGACGAGACGUGGGUGUUCGCCGGGAUGGUAAAGAGGAGAGGUUGGUCAGACAACACCAUGUCGCGCUUUCCCACCGCUGCUGAGAUACAGCGGUAUUCUUGCGGUAAGACUGCUGGGAAGAACAAGGGGAGGCGCGGUAUUGUUAUGACGGCCAUGAGUGAGGAUGGGAUCGUACCCGGCUGCACCCAUGUAUUCGUGGAUAGACACCGCACUAUGCACCACGAUUCCACCCGCGAGAUGGACCACAUAAUGUUCGAGAAUUGGUUGGAAUCGUCCAUCCCCCUCAUGAAGGAAUUUGCGGCGGGACGGAAUGUUACGCUAGUGCUCGACAACGCCCCUUAUCACACAAGAGCACUGGAGAAGGUGAGAUUUAGUCAAGCAAUGAAUAAAAGAAAAAAACGCGACAUGUUUGUUUAUAAGAUUCCGACCAGACACUCCACUAAGCGAGAGAUCAUCAGCUUCCUCAGCUUCCAUGGAGUCGAAGUGGCGAUCGAUAGUGAAAAAGCGUCCGUAGUAGAGGAGCUCGAAGACUUCGUCGCCAGUCGAGGCGGUAGAGCAGCUUUACGCUGUUUCGCUGCUGAGAGCAUAUGUGAAGAUAUGGGGGUAAGCCUACUCAGGCUUCCUCCAUUCCACUGCUUUUUCAACCCAGUGGAACUGUGCUGGAGCUAUCUAAAGCACCGCCUGAAUAAGUUGGGAAGACCCACGGAUAGACUAGAGACGGUAGAGAUUUCUGGAACGUUUUUAACACUUGCAAAAGGUGGCCGUUUGAUACCAGAUCUUUGUUCAGAGGGUGUAACAAGGAGCCACUGCGAGGGAUGGUGCAGAGCAGCGUUAGAGGAGGAGGAUUCAGCUCGGAUGAAAGAUGCUCUGGAUGAAAACAACAGCAAUGUUGCCGAUGAGGAUGCUUUUGCCCCAUUAGACAUGUUAUCUGAUGACAGUGAUCCGGAUGACAUGUCCAGUGAAUUCAGUGUGGAGUUGUGA